AGGUUCUAGGCGAAUAGAGUGAAGAUUCACCGAUUCUCGGUAUUCAUCUUCGUCGUCGUUAUCAAUAUCAGUAUCAUUAUCACAUUCACAACAACAAACGCUCAUUUCCUCAUAACUCACUCAUUUCACUUCACUCCCUCUUCCACUCUACUCUCUGCGUCGUCGUUGAUAAACCAAAACGAUGUCGUAUGUGCCUCCACACCUGAGAAGCGCGACCUCAACCACCGUCGCCACCACCACCAGACCCUCCUCCUCCGCAACCCUAGACAACCACCACCACACCAAGCUCGCAUUCUCCUCCUCACACUCCAACAACAACAACAACAACUCGUCCCUCUCCAAUGGCCCUCGCCGCACCUCCGCCCUCCCUGAUCCUCUCUUCCCUCUCUGGCAACCCUCCGAACGCGUUUCCCGCAUGAAUCCCCAGCAGAUUGAAGAGGUCCGCAUACGGCUUAAUCUUGAUGUUACUGCUCCAUCUGGCUCUCCUGAUGCUCCUACACCUAUAGAAACGUUUACUGAUAUGUGUUUGCACCCAAGUAUCAUGAAGGAUAUUGCUUAUCACGAAUACACCAGACCAACUUCUAUUCAGGCACAGGCCAUGCCGAUUGCUCUUAGCGGAAGGGAUCUGCUUGGUUGUGCUGAAACUGGUAGCGGGAAGACUGCAGCUUUCACAAUUCCUAUGAUACAGCAUUGCUUGGCCCAACCUCCAAUUCGGCGCGGUGAUGGUCCCCUGGCAUUAGUUUUGGCUCCUACAAGAGAACUUGCUCAACAAAUAGAAAAAGAGGUUAAAGCUUUCAGCAGAUCUCUUGAGUCAUUUAAAACUGCUAUAGUUGUUGGUGGAACUAACAUUGAAAAGCAGAGGUCUGAACUAAGAGCAGGAGUUGAAAUUGUGGUUGCCACUCCUGGAAGAUUUAUUGACCACUUACAACAAGGCAACACUUCCCUCUCGAGAAUUUCUUUUGUUGUUCUCGAUGAGGCCGAUAGAAUGCUUGAUAUGGGUUUUGAACCACAGAUCAGAGAGAUAAUGAGAAAUCUUCCAGAGAAGCAUCAAACACUGCUGUUUAGUGCGACUAUGCCUGUUGAGAUUGAAGAAUUAUCGAAGGAGUACUUAACCAGUCCUGUCCAAGUUAAGGUGGGAAAAGUCAGUAGCCCAACAACUAAUGUUUCGCAAAACCUUGUGAAGGUUUCUGAAAAUGAAAAGAUUGAUAGGCUUCUAGGUUUGCUUGUAGAGGAGGCAUCACAGGCUGAAAAGUGUGGUCAUCCAUUCCCAUUAACAAUUGUGUUUGUUGAGAGAAAGACAAGGUGUGAUGAUGUUUCUGAAGCAUUGGUAGCUCAAGGAUUAUCUGCUGUUUCUCUUCAUGGUGGUCGCACUCAGAGUGAAAGAGAGGCUGCCUUGCGUGAUUUUCGGAGUGGCUCUACCAGCAUUUUGGUUGCCACUGAUGUUGCAUCUCGUGGACUGGAUGUCACAGGAGUAUCACAUGUCAUCAAUCUAGAUCUUCCAAAGACCAUGGAAGAUUAUGUACACCGGAUUGGAAGGACGGGGCGUGCAGGAUCAACCGGCCUAUCUACCUCAUUUUAUACUGAUCGUGACAUGUUCCUUGUGGCAAAUAUAAAGAAAGCAAUAGCUGAUGCUGAAUCUGGAAAUACUGUGGCAUUUGCAACUGGAAAGGUUGCUAGAAGAAAGGAGAAAGAAGCAGCAGCUGCACAAAGAGAGGCAAAUAUUGUUUUAUCCAAACACAUUGGAUCGGGAGCUGCUUCAGUUAACAUUGAAGAUAAGUUCAAAUUUAUGAUGACUGCCUCAAACAUUAAAGGAGACGGAGCAGCAGAUAGUGCCUGGGAUGAUUAAUGAAGUAUCUGGUGCUUCCCAUAUUUGGUUGACGGCAAUUGCUAAAGCCUUCAAGGUUUGUUGCUUCGAAGAUGCUGGAGAACGGGCAAGUUUCUUGUUAAGUUUGCGAGUCUACGUAUUGUUUCACACUUGCUAGACACACACUGUAGAGUUUGUCAUUUAGGUGAUGCAUCUUAUGUAAUCUUAGGAACAAUAGUUCUGUUUAAAUUUCUGUUGCUUCAAAUAUACAUUUAUUUCCUCAUUGUAAUUAUCUCAGAAUUAUGUAUAUCCCGUGCGGUGUAUUCCACUCCCAUAUUUUGUUUGUUA